AUGUCUCCGCAACUGGCUCCUCUGUCGACCUCCUCCUUGAAUUUUGUCCUGUUGGUUUGCCGUGUCCCUGCGCGUCCGGCACUGCAAGCCGCUGCAACAGAUGCAUCUCGGGUGUUGCUUUUGCAAGACCGACGGCAGAGCCGUCGCCUCCAUUUCACGUUAAGAAGAGCUCUAGAGAAAUUGGGCUGCGAGGUGAAGACGUCGCAGCAGGGGCCCCUGGAAGAGACAGGGGGGCUGCCUGAGGAGACAGUUGCAGACGCUGAGGAGACAGCUGCUGAUCCCGGGCAAACCAACCCCACCAAACGCACCGGACACAACGCAAAAGCUGCAGCUUCAGAAACAGCAGCAGCGGACACAACUGAUUCUCAGGUGCAACCCGACCUCCAACAGCCGCAUCAGCAGCCUCCCCAGGCAAGUACAACUCCAAAGCCAGCUGCUGACGUUUGGAUUUGCAACGAACAGCUUGGUCCGUACAAUGUCUCCUUUUACUGCCCUGCAAGAAAGCUCGUCCUGGAAAUUGACGAUCGCUGCCUUGGCCCCAGCAAAUAUGUGAAGAAGAGACACUUGGAGACAACAUUUAAAGAUGAGGGGUUGCAAGUGCUAAUCGUUGGCGAACACUUGUUUCAGCUGUCUCGAGUCACUGGUGAACAGGGAGUUGGUGAGUCUUCACAGUAUAACCGUCUCCUACUCUGA